AUGGCAAAAAGAAUGGAUAGAAAGAAAAUGGACCGUUUGAGAGAAGAAUGGUGUUCUUGUGUCUCCUCCCAUCGCUACAUUCUUUCUUUUCAUUUCUUUGCUUCGUUCCCUUGCUCGCUUUGUUCGCUUGUCUGGCAAUCUGGAACGCACUGGGCGACGAGCAACGAACUCUUCCUCCAGCAGCAGCGGGCUUUCUCCGCCGAGGCGGCCGCUCGAAGGAUCGCCGCCGCCGCCGCCGCCGCCCGCUUCGCCGCCCACAGCACCUCCAAGGACUUUUACGCCCGCCACCCAGUGCUGCAUUCACAGUUUCCGGCCGCCAACUUCUCGCCGUCCCAGGAGCUUCACAAGUUCGGGUUCCUUGAGUUUAACACGGGUGGCAGCGGCGGCGGCGGCGGCAACGGCAAUGGCGGCCUGGGGAGCAAGAACAAUUUGGAUCCGUGCUCCACCCGCUCCAGGUUCCGUGGAGUGGACGCUCACGUCGAUCCGCGCAACGUUCCCAGGAUCUGUGCUCACUGCGGGACGAGCUCCACGCCGCUGUGGAGGAAUGGUCCGCUCGGCCCAAAGUCUCUUUGCAAUGCUUGCGGCAUAAGGUUCAAGAAAGUCGGGAGACGCAGCCCGGUCACCGUUACACCUGUCACUGCAGCCGCGUGGAAUCAAUCCGGCAGCAGCUGCGAUGAUCUGGGAGGAUUCGCUAAGAGCAGGAGUGAUACAAAUCUGGGCGAACAGCAGCAGCAGCCAGUGAUCGCUGCGAUCCCACCAAAAACGUCUCUCGUUCACCCAGCUCAAGCUUAUCACGUCGACGACAAGCGGCUUUGCCGGAUGGAUCAAAACGCCGCCACCAUCGCCGCGAACGCGAGCGCAAUCGCUCUUCCAUUCGCCAAGGAGUGGAGCAGCAACGAUCAAUCGCCGUGCAGCAGCAAUGCCGUGGGCAGCAGCUGCAUAACUUGGCAGGACAGCAUGCCGCCGGCGGUGUGCGUUGAUCAGCCCGGCAGUGAAGAUUGUUCCAAGGCCAAGGUGUUUGCUCGUCCCGAUCCACACCACCACCACCACCACCAACACCACUCUCCUCUCGUGCUGGAUGCCGAGAUCAUACGGUCCGUGGCGCCGGUCAAGGCGGUCAGCACGGUCAGCGGGCACGGUCAAAGUAAGGAGGAACAAGGCAGGUUCUUGAGAAUGUCGCUCUGAGCGGGACUGCGAGCUCUCCAGUAGGCAGGCGGUGGGAAAGAAAGUAUCUCUUAUUAUAAUAUUUGGGAUUGGAAGCCACAGCGAUCACGCCUCGAUCGAUCGCUCGAUCCAUGGAUGGAUCGAUCAAAAAGAGUGUGGUGUAGCUUUCGAUCUGCCUGGAGCAAGGCAGGCAUUUUAAGAGGAAUUUUAACUAACUUUUGUUGGCUUUU